CGAAGUUCGAUGUUUGAGGAUUGAGCAUCGUACGUUUUUCGAUGUUUGCGUUACAUUCACGAGGUGUUAUCGACUCACUAUCGGAUGUUUCAUCCAGUGAUGAUGAAAAUGAAAUUAAUAAAAAUAAAGUUAGUAGUUCGGAUGAUGAAAUAGCAGUUCCAUCUCAACGUUUCGCACCUGUCAGUUUGACAGAAGUUUUGAGAAAAAGAAACAAGGUUGCCAGAGUCCUUUAUAAUAGCAAUAAAGUAUUACCAAAAUACUGGAAGCGGAGAUACGAUCUUUUUGAACGGUUUGAUGAAGGUGUUCAGCUCGACGAAGAAGCAUGGUACAGCAUAACACCAGAAACUAUUGCUCGUCACCAGGCGAAAACUUGUUCAUGUGAUUUACUCGUAGAUGCUUUUGCGGGUGUUGGAGGAAAUACUAUACAGUUUGCGCGCACUUGUCAACUUGUUUUAGCCAUUGAAAACUGUUUCCCACGAUUAUUAAUGCUCCAAAUUAAUGCACAAAUAUAUGGUGUUUUGUCAAACAUUAUGCUUGUUUGUGGAGACGUUGAAAAAAUUUUAAGUAGUUUAAGAAUUGUUCGAUUGUCGUCUACAAGUUUUACAACUGAUAAUGAUGAUACAAGCGUGCGAACUUUAGAAAAUCAAUGUGAAAGUGAUCAUUUGAAAGUAACUUCUAUACGUUCACCUGAGAAUAACCGAAGUACAUUAUUAUCUGGAAAUAAUGAACAAUCUGCAGAUUUUUCGUCCGAAACAUCGAUUAAUAUAGAUGAUAAUAUUUUGAAACCCGACUUCAAUCUAUCUGAACAUCAGAGUUCAUCAUCACAUUUAUUAGCUAAUACAGAGACCACAUUAGAAGUGAACCCAGAGUUGAAUGAAAAUGAAACUUUAGAGAAGCCAACUAAUUCUACAUUUAACUCACUUAUCGAUAUCAUAUUCAUGUCACCACCUUGGGGUGGUCCUGAUUACAUUGGGAACAUUUUUCCACCUGGCUCGUCUAGUUGGAAUCAACGUAAACGGAAACAUUGGUUAUAUGAUUUGAAAGAAAUGGAACCUAUAAAAAAUCUUGAAGAUAUUCUCUUUCUUAAUAAAGCAUUAAAUAUUUCAAGACAUAUUUGUAACAAAAUUUUAAUAUAUCUACCAAGAAAUUCGUCUAUUGGUCAGUUGAUUCAAAUGAGUUGGCCAAUAGGUGAUAACCAAGGGACUUGUGAAUAUAUUGCUGAUUGUUGUUCUUGUAAACAAUAUCUUAAUGUACAUAUUGAAACAUAUUGUUUACGUGGUAGACAAUUAGCUCUUGGUUUAUAUUUGGGAAGUUUUCCGUAUUUUGAGGAGAAUAUUGUAGUGUAAAAUAAACUUAUUUGAAUAA